AUGAUUGCUGAUGGCGUAAUCAAACCUGUCAGACCCUACAAGGUUCCUACUCGAGAGGAAAAGAAUGAUCCUAGGUACUGCCAGCCUGAGGAGGAUUUACACGCCAAAAUACAUGAGGGAGUCCUUGAACUUCCCUCUAGGAAGCAAACCAUUGAUGAAGACCCCUUGCCAAAACGAAGGGGAAAAGAGGUAGCCGCUGUCAUUACAUGUUCUGAUGAUUUGCUUGAUGAUAAUGGAUUGUGCCACCCUUGGAGGAAUGACCCAAAGCCGCCGGAAGCCGUAUGGGAACCUUGCGGAAACAUGGAAAAGGCAUAUUGGUGUAAAUAUUCAAGGCCUUCAAGUUACAACACACCAUGGCCACUCGCUGAUGGAUGGGGUGACAACUCAGGCAGCGAAAUUUUUGUCCUGGACGUGCCGGAAGAACGCUACUCGGGGGCUUUAUCGGAGCAGCAGGAAGCAGCUGCCGUAACAUUUCAUAAUAUCACGGAAGCUGAAACAAGUGUGAUGGAACGUUAUUUAAGCAUGAAACAGGGGCCCACAGCUUCACAGGUCCUUCAAAGAAACCCAAAGUUCAAAUCACUCUUUGACCAACUUGGCUUCGGGCCACAAGCAAGGAAGCAGCUGCUGUAG